ACAUCCAGACUUCCUUCCAGAGCAGCAGCACAACGAGCACAGCAGCUUGAGCGAUCCAACUGUCGAUAAUGGCGCCUGCAGCAACCAACAAGCAGCAAGGUGGGGAGCUGAGGAUCCUCUGCAUCGACGGGGGUGGCAUCCGCGGCCUUAUCCCGGCCAAGAUCCUCGACUUCCUCGAAGCCGAACUCCAGAGGAUUGAUGGGUCGACAGCGAGGCUAGCCGACUACUUCGACUGCAUCGUGGGGACCAGCACCGGCGCCCUCAUCACCACCAUGCUGGCCGCCCCGAACAAGCCACUCUGCACGGCCAAGGAGAUCAUCGACCUCUACUUGGAAGAGGCUGCCACAAUCUUCAGGAACGACCACAAGGCGACGUGGGUUCAGGUGGUGCUGGAGGCCGUGCUCCUCUUCAUCAAGUACUACGAUGGCAGCAACGAGAUCCUGCGGUCCUUGCACGACAUGUUGGCCCUCGGGUCGGCCCUCGAGCCCUUGCUCCGCCCGAUCAUCGACGCGCUGAUCCACGCCAAGGGCCCUAGCAGUACACCUGCCGCCGCUGCUGCCAACGACAACGGUGGCGGCUUGCUGCAGAUAGCAGUAUUAGAAGCACCGCCACCUCCCGUGAGCCACGGCGUCGAGCCCAAUGAGGAGGCGCCGGCGGCGGUGGAGGACUAUAUCCAGGAACACGCUGGAGCCAUCCUGCAGGCGCUGUGCCAUUCGCAGGGUCUGGCGCUGGAUUCGCCGCCGCUUCAGGAGGGCAUCAAGGAGUUCGCGGAGGGCCUGCGCAAGAUGCUGCUCAACCCGGAUUUCGUCAGGUACUUGCUCCUCCGCCCCAAGUACGACGGCGAGGGGCUCCGCAAGGUGGUCAUAGGGAAGCUCGGGAACCACCGGCUCCAAGAAACCGUCACCAACGUCGUCGUGCCCACGUUCGAUAUCAAGCGCAACCAGCCUGUGGUCUUCUCCACCUCUACGGCGCGACAGGACCGGGUAAUGGACCCCUGCCUCUCAGACGUUUGCAUCGCCGCAACUGCUGCGCCAACAUACUUCCCUGCCCACAAAUUCAACACUAUAAGCUUUGGGCCACUAAAUUUCCAAGAGUUUAACCUCAUCGAUGGCGGCGUCUUCGCGAACAAUCCGACCACAGUGGCGAUGAACGAGGUCUGGAGGAUGAUCGACAGGGGCGAGGAACUGCUGGUGGAGGUAUCGGCCAUGGACUGCAGCAAGCUGCGCAUCCUUUCCAUCGGCACCGGCGUGGUGAACCACUCCUACACCGCCGACGAGUGCAACUGGUGGGGUCUCCUCCCGUGGGUCUGCAACUUCCGCAACAAGACCCUGCCGCUGAUCGACAUGCUCACGUACUCCACUGGCUCGCUCGUCGACUACAACGUCGCCCUGCUCUUCAAGUCCCAGCGCUGCGAGGACAACUACUUGCGCAUCCAGGAGGGUCACCUGGACCCUUCUCUUGGAGCCAUGGACGACACGAGCAGCAUGGAGGAGCUGCUCGAGAUCGGGGAGAACCUCCUGGAGAGGCAGGUCUACAGGACGGACUGCGAGACCAGGAAGUACCAGCCGGUGAAGGGCGCAGGGACCAACAAGGAGGCGCUCACCAAGCUCGCCCGCCAGCUGGUUGCCGAGAGACGCCGAAGGGGGGCUACUCCUACUGCGCUGAGCGCCACCGACAAUACCACCGUCGUCGAGCCAAGGCCCAAAAGGCCCAAGCCUACUACCAACGUCGUGCAGUAAGCGCAUGCGGGGUCUCUCUCUCUCUCUCUCUCUCUCUCUCUCUCUCUCUCUCUCUCUCUCUCUCUCUCUCUCUCUCUCUCUCUCUCUCUCUCUCUCUCUCUCGCAUAUAUUAUUCGUUCCAUAGUAUAUUGUAACUGAAUAAAAACUCAGGUCCAUCAUAAUCAGAGGUCUAAAACGUAGUACGUUGCUAUAUAUGUGAAGGUGCAUGCUGAGCUCAGCUGCAUUCAGUAUCGAUAUAUAUAGAUGGGUGUAAGGAGCAGUAUACUUUGUGUGUUGGGUCAUGAAUAAAUGUAUCAUGCAGUGCUCACUGCCGUUUGUAUGAAUGUUUGUGUACAAAUUCUUUUAAUGAUUUUUGCAUUGAUCUACACUUGCAUUA